AUGGAUAUCAUUAUGGAGAAUACCCCUGAAAUGGAAUGUGUUGACCAGGGCGAGGCGCUUCACUCAGACAGUGCCUAUGGGUCAUCUGCGGUGGACACGGAUACAGAGGACUGCCUGACUCCCCUCGAGAUCACUUUCCCCUAUAACGAGGACCUAAUGCACAAGGUGAUUAGGCUACUUUUUCAUAACUUCACUUAACACUUAGGCUAAUUUAAAAUCACCAAAGAGACUGAACUCACAUAAGAUGAUGUGCUAAAUUGGCCAAUACUAUUGGGGUAGCCUAUCUUUAUAUACAGAAUCUGUACUCUUUGUACUCUUUUAUAAAUAUAUAUUUUAAGUAUUUUAUAUUUAAGUAUGUCUUUCUGUAAUAGUUUGAAAGUAAACUCUUCUGUCUGCGUGAACAAUGCCUUCAUUAUGUGACAUGGGAGGUCCUACAACAGUCCGCAUUAUACUUGAGUGGAUAUUUCAGAUGUAUGUGUAGUGUAGAGGUAAUAAUCUCAAAGUUGGACUGACUAUGUAGGUAAGCAUUUUGGAAUGGUUGCGCAUUGCUAGGACAUCUCAGUGUGUGAUGACUGCUUGUGGAGAACCCAUUCCCUCUGCCAGCUUCCAUGACUUCAUUAAUCUCUCUCACCUGAAUCAGCACUGAUACCUGGCAGGCUUCAGGGGCCCUGGACAGCCAGGCUGACACCUGUGCAUGUCCAAUGGCAAUGGGACAAAAACAAAUAUUUAACUUAGCCCUCCAGGUUAUAUCAUGAAAAUGUAACCUGACCAUUACUUUCUAUAGUGUAAUGUAUGGUUGAACUGCUCCCCUUUUGUUUUUGUGAGCCACAGCAACACGCAUACACCAGCAAGUGCCUACUCAUAUGAUGUAUACUUUGUCAUUAUUAACUGCAUUUUUAUUUGUACUUCAUGUGAGCACACUUGGUAAUUGAAGGGAUAUGUAUCAGGGUUGGGGUCAAUUCCAUUUAAAUUCCAGUCAAUUCAGGAAGUAUAAAUGAAUACAAAUUCCAAUUAUCUUCAAUGCUUUUCAAUGAGGAAAAUGUGGAAUUAGAAUUGGAAUUUGGUUUAUUUUCUGAAAUGACUGGAAUUAAAAUAGAAUUGACCCCAACCCUGAUAUGUAUGCUUCUAGUACUUUCUCUGUUUCUUCCUAUGUGUAAUCUCAUAGCCUUGAUAGAACAUCUUCCUGUUAAAGACCAAUGCUACUUUUUAGGACAUUAGCACUGAUGCCAUCGUUAAGUUAUUCUAGAGAAACUUGCAUUUUUAAAGACUUCUUUUACCUCAGGAAAUAUGUGGGUGUGUGGUGGAAGUAGAAGGGCGGAAAUGGCAUGAAAGAAAGAUGAGGCAUGUUAUUCACUCACAGUUGGAGACCAAAUUCACUUUAACAUCACAUUCUUUUUUUCACAAUACACCCACUUAUACUCAUCAACAUUGUUGGGGUAAAUUACUUUAGUAAGCAACAUCUAAUAUUAACGUCAUACUUUUUCAUAUCACUUUAUUUUUAGGGCAAGUCUUUGAAUUCAUAGCAAGUAUAUAUUAUUUAUCCAUAGGCAUCAAUAGUGAUACUAAUAAUUGGUUCAUUCUGUAACAACUCUAUUCCCCAAAGCACCUAGACAAAUCCAGCCCUCACGUCAACUGACAGAAUACUCCAGUGUAGGAACAGAAAGUGCUUAUGUUAAAUGUUUACAUUUACCCUCUGUGUUACCUUCACAAACAAUGCAGCGUAAUGACUCAGCAGGCAUAUGAGGACAUCCCCAGAGGUCGAUUCUCAUUAACUGAAGGAAAACAACAACCUUUUGCUAUAUUAGACAGAGAGAGAGAGAGAGACGUGCAGGGAGAUGAGAAUUCACCCCCCUUGGCAUUUUUCCUAUUUUGUUGCCUUACAACCUGGAAUUUAAAUGGAUUUUUGGGGGGUUUGUAUCAUUUGAUUUACACAACAUGCCUACCACUUUGAAGAUGCAAAAUAUUUUUGGGGGUGAAACAAACAAGAAAUAAGACAAAAAAACUGAAAACUUGAGCGUGCAUAACUAUUCACCCCCCCAAAGUCAAUACUUUGUAGAGCCACCUUUUGCAGAAAUUACAGCUGCAAGUCUCUUGGGGUAUGUCUCUAUAAGCUUAGCACAUCUAGCCACUGGGAUUUUUGCCCAUUCUUCAAGGCAAAACUGCUCCAGCUCCUUCAAGUUGGAUGGGUUCCGCUGGUGUACAGCAAUCUUUAAGUCAUACCACAGAUUCUCAAUUGGAUUGAGGUCUGGGCUUUGACUAGGCCAUUCCAAGACAUUUAAAUGUUUCCCCUUAAACAUUUACAUUACAUUUACAUUUACAUUUACAUUUACGUCAUUUAGCAGACGCUCUUAUCCAGAGCGACUUACAAAUUGGUGCAUUCACCUUAUAGCCAGUGGGAUAACCACUUUACAAAUUGUAUUUUAAUAUUUUAAUAUAUAUAUAUUUUUUUUUUUGGGGGGGGGGGGGGGGGGGGGGGGGUUAGAAGGAUUACUUUAUCCUAUCCCAGGUGUUCCUUAAAGAGGUGGGGUUUCAAAUGUCUCCGGAAGGUGGUGAGUGACUCCGCUGUCCUGGCGUCGUGAGGGAGUUUGUUCCACCAUUGGGGUGCCAGAGCAGCGAACAGUUUUGACUGGGCUGAGCGGGAACUGUGCUUCAGCAGAGGUAGGGGAGCCAGCAGGCCAGAGGUGGAUGAACGCAAUGCCCUCGUUUGGGUGUAGGGACUGAUCAGAGCCUGAAGGUACGGAGGUGCCGUUCCCCUCACAGCUCCGUAGGCAAGCACCAUGGUCUUGUAGCAGAUGCGAGCUUCAACUGGAAGCCAGUGUAGUGUGCGGAGGAGCGGGGUGACGUGAGAGAACUUGGGAAGGUUGAACACCAGACGGGCUGCGGCAUUCUGGAUGAGUUGUAGGGGUUUAAUCGCACAGGCAGGGAGCCCAGCCAACAGCGAGUUGCAGUAAUCCAGACGGGAGAUGACAAGUGCCUGGAUUAGGACCUGUGCCGCUUCCUGUGUAAGGCAGGGUCGUACUCUCCGAAUGUUGUAGAGCAUGAACCUACAGGAUCGGGUCACCGCCUUGAUGUUAGCGGAGAACGACAGGGUGUUGUCCAGGGUCACGCCAAGGCUCUUCGCACUCUGGGAGGAGGACACAACGGAGUUGUCAACCGUGAUGGCGAGAUCAUGGAACGGGCAGUCCUUCCCCGGGAGGAAGAGCAGCUCCGUCUUGCCAAGGUUCAGCUUGAGGUGGUGAUCCGUCAUCCAUACUGAUAUGUCUGCCAGACAUGCAGAGAUGCGAUUCGCCACCUGGUUAUCAGAAGGGGGAAAGGAGAAGAUUAGUUUUGUGUCGUCUGCGUAGCAAUGAUAGGAGAGGCCAUGUGAGGAUAUGACAGAGCCAAGUGACUUGGUGUAUAGCGAGAAUAGGAGAGGGCCUAGAACUGAGCCCUGGGGGACACCAGUGGUGAGAGCACGUGGUGUGGAGACAGCUUCUCGCCACGCCACUUGGUAGGAGCGACCGGUCAGGUAGGACGCAAUCCAAGAGUGAGCCGCGCCGGAGAUGCCCAGCUCGGAGAGGGUGGAGAGGAGGAUCUGAUGGUUCACAGUAUCAAAGGCAGCAGACAGGUCUAGAAGGACAAGAGCAGAGGAGAGAGAGUUAGCUUUAGCAGUGCGGAGAGCCUCCGUGACACAGAGAAGAGCAGUCUCAGUUGAAUGACCAGUCUUGAAACCUGACUGGUUUGGAUCAAGAAGGUCAUUCUGAGAGAGAUAGCAAGAGAGUUGGCUAAAGACGGCACGCUCAAUAGUUUUGGAGAGAAAAGAAAGAAGGGAUACUGGUCUGUAGUUGUUGACAUCAAAGGGAUCGAGUGUUGGUUUUUUGAGAAGGGGUGCAACUCUCGCUCUCUUGAAGACGGAAGGGACACAGCCAGCGGUCAAGGAUGAGUUGAUCAGCGAGGUGAGGUAAGGGAGAAGGUCACCGGAGAUGGUCUGGAGAAGAGAGGAGGGGAUAGGGUCAAGCGGGCAGGUUGUUGGGCGGCCGGCCAUCACAAGUCGCAAGAUUUUAUCUUGAGAGAGAGGGGAGAAAGAAGUCAAAGCAUAGGGUAGGGCAGUGUGAGCAGGACCAGCAGUGUCAUUUGACUUAACAAACGAGGAUCGGAUGUCAUCAACCUUCUUUUCAAAAUGGUUGACGAAGUCAUCCACAGAGAGGGAGGAGGGGGGGGGGGGGGGGGGGGGGGGGGGAUCCAGCAGGGAGGAGAAGGUGGCAAAGAGCUUCCUAGGGUUAGAGGCAGAUGCUUGGAAUUUAGAGUGGUAGAAAGUGGCCUUAGCAGCAGAAACAGAUGAAGAAAAUGUAGAGAGGAGGGAGUGAAAAGAUGCCAGGUCCGCAGGGAGUCUAGUUUUCCUCCAUUUCCGCUCGGCUGCCCGGAGCCCUGUUCUGUGAGAUCGCAAUGAGUCAAACCACACAAGUGUUGCUUUAGCAGUAUGCUUAGGGUCAUUGUCCUGCUGGAAAGUGAACCUCCGCCCCAGUCUCAAAUCUCUGGAAGACUGAAACAGGUUUCCCUCAAGAAUUUCCCUGUAUUUAGUGCCAUCCAUCAUUCCUUCAAUUCUGACCAGUUUCCCAGUCCCUGCCGAUGAAAAACAUGGUGUUCUCGGGGUGAUGAGAGGUGUUGGGUUUGCGCCAGACAUAGCGUUUUCCUUGAUGGCCAACAAGCUAAAUUUUUGUCUCAUCUGACCAGAGUACCUUCUUCCAUAUGUUUGGGGAGUCUCCCACAUGCCAAACACCAAACGUGUUUGCCUACUUUUUUCUUUAAGCAAUGGCUUUCUUCCUGGCCACUCUUCCGUAAAGCCCAGCUCUGUGGAGUGUACGGCUUAAGGUGGUCCUAUGGACAGAUACUCCAAUCUCCGCUGUGAAGCUUUGCAGCUCCUUCAGGGUUAUCUUUGGUCUCUUUGUUGCCUCUCUGAUUAAUACCCUCCUUGCCUGGUCCGUGAGUUUUGGUGGGCGGCCCUCUCUUGGCAGGUUUGUUGUGGUGCCAUAUUCUUUCAAUUUUUUAAUAAUGUUCAAAGUUUCAGAUAUUUUUUUAUAACCCAACCCUGAUCUGUACUUCUCCACAACUUUGUCCCUGACCUGUUUGGAGAGCUCCUUGGUCUUCAUGGUGCCACUUGCUUGGUGGUGCCCCUUGCUUAGUGGUGUUGCAGACUCUGGGGCCUUUCAGAACAGGUGUAUAUAUACUGAGAUUAUGUGACAGAUCAUGUGACACUUCGAUUGCACACAGGUGGACUUAAUUUAACUACUUAUGUGACUUCUGAAGGUAAUUGGUUGCACCAGAUCUUAUUUAGGGGCUUCAUAGCAAAGGGGGUGAAUACAUAUGCACGCACCACUUUUCCGUUAUUUAUUUUUUUGAAUUUUUUGAAACAAGUUAUUUUUUUCAUUUCACUUCACCAAUUUGGACUAUUUUGUGUAUGUCCAUUACAUGAAAUCCAAAUAAAAAUCCAUUUAAAUUACAGGUUGUAAUGCAACAAAAUAGGAAAAACGCCAAGGGGAAUGACUACUUUUGCAAGGCACUGUAUGUACAAGGAGUACAAGGAGUGGAAUGUUAGCUAAAAAGACUGGUAACCAGGCUAGGGGGUUAUGCCUGAUUAACUAAAACAACUCAGGGGGGAGUUGGUACUCUCUUGCUAUGAGAGCUUGUGUGUUGCUAUGGUAACCACAUUUCUCCCCUGCCCCCUGUGGUAGGCUCCACCCCCACUUCCUCUCAAUUUUCCAAAACUCCCCACCCCGUUGCCCCCCUCAUCAAAGUUAGUCAUGACUCAUGAGGAAUUUACAUACAGACAUUAAAGUUGGAUGAGGAUGAUAAUAAAUAGUAAUGGGGUUGGUUGACAGUGGCUUCUGGUUGGUCAGGCCUCCACACAGGGUACACCCACUGUGUGUGUUUGUGUUCCAUGCGUCAUCAGACGAAGCCGCAAGUCUGCGUCAGACUGUUGUUGGUGUUGUGACCGUGUAUUCAUGAAUGCUAUCCUUUCCUAAGCAUCCCCCCCACAAUUAACCUUUAAUAAAAUUAAAAUUAAACGUGCAAAUACGAAGAAAUGUUAUAGCACAUGUUAUAUAUUCCAAAGAUCUCUAUAAGCUAAUGUUAAAGUUGCUUCAAAAGGUCAGUGUCUAUUAGUUGAUUUGAGAUUUUAAAUUGAACUGAGAUUUUAAAUUGAACUGAGAUUUUAAAUCCCAGAUUUUAAAAGGUCGACACUAAUGUCAGCACUUAUGUCUUGUCCAGUCCCCAGACAGUCUCCACUUUGUAUUCUGUAGGAAGAGAAAAAGUUAAUCUGGGUGCAGACUAGAAAUAAUGUAUUUUAGCUAAAUCUACCAUAUCUGUUGAGGCAGUAAUGAAGAAAUUAACAUUUUCUUUCUGAGGUCUAAAAAUGAGAAAGUUGAGAAAGGGAUGUGAGUGGUUAGAGUGUUGGGGAGCUGAGUGGGCUGUGAGGCUCUAUGAUAUGAUAAGAGGCAGUGGGGCCGCCUGCUGGGAGGUGAUAAAUGUCAACAAAAGAGGCGAAGAGCGUCUGCUGACUACUGCUACGGAGCCCCAGGCUAGCCACACAACGCCAGCCACCAACCUGAUAACCAUGGCGACAGGGCCUUAUUGACGCCCACGUGCAACGCUCCCCUCCUGUUGGGAUGACGCAUGGGAUAUCAUAGUGUCUCUCUCUCGCUCUCUGUGUGUGCAGUGGUGCCUGGAGAAGUGGGUAUACUCUAAUUUUGCCAAACAUUUCCCAAACGGCCUGCCCAGCGAAGGAAAGGUGCCCUGCGUGAAGAAUGAUAUGAGAAACAGUGACAUACACUCUGAAUUACCUAAAAUGGUCAAUCCCAUACUGGUCUUUCACAGUCAGGCUAACCCAAGCUGUACUGUGCAAGUAGGCUAAUAGUAGGCCUACCAAACCAUGCUUCUUAACCCAGAAGCCAGCCGCACCACUGUGUUGGAGGAAACAUGUUCAACUGACGACUGAAGUCAGCCUGCAGGCACCCGGCCCGCCACAAGGAGUCGCUAGAGCGCGAUGGGCCAAGUAAAGCACCCCCCGGCCAAACCCUCCGCUAACCCGGACGACACUGGGCCAAUUGUGCACCGCCCUAUGGGACUCCCAGUCACAGCCGGUUGUGACACAGCCUGGGAACGAACCCGGGUCUGUAGACCGCUGCGCUACUCGGGAGGCCGUCUUUCUAAAUUUCGAAUGGAUAGGCUUAUUUCCAUCUCUGUCCAUGAAACUGUUCGCAUUUAGAACAGUGUUUUCCCGCAACUUGCAUUUUGGAAUAUUCGCUCGUAGGCCUACCGCGGUGUGUACAUUGCUGCGCCUAAAAUAUGAAGAAAAAAUAGUUUAUCAACAUUUUAAGCUAAACAUUCUGAUCUGUUCCAUCAGCCUUAUUUAUUGAUACAGCAUAUACCUCAACUACACUACUUUGAUAUGCAUCAUGGGGAUUAAGAAGGAAGUAUACACAAUGCCCACUGAAAAAUAAGUAGGUAUACAGCGUAUACCUGCGUAUACCUGCGUAUACCCUCCACUACAUCACUGUGUGUGUGUGUAGCCUACUGUGUGCGUUAGUCUGUGCUGUGUGUCAUUGUGCAAGAGGUUUUUCAGUUGAGUGGGCAAGAAGAGAUCUCUUAAUGCUCCCUUUGGGGCACAGAGAGCAUCGUCUUGAAUCCAAGUCGCCAUGGCUGACAUGAUGCUCAGGCUGCAGCUGCCUUACUCCCCUGGUCCAUUGAGACUCAUCCACUGCCUUUUCCUCCUCCCGCCGGGUUUUUACACAACUGCCCCUCAUAGUAUCACAUUACAUUACACACAUUAUAUGGCAUCAGUUAAUGGCAUGUUCUUUACUGUCAGCAACAGAUGCACAUAUACAGUAGGGUACGCUACACCCACUCAUUGUACAGGCCUAUGGAUGAGCAGUGUGCUGUGCUGUGCUGUUCUGUACUGUACUAAAAUGGUUCUUCGGCAGUCCCCAUAGGAGAACCAUUUGAAGAACCCUUUUUGGUUCCAGGUAGAACCCUUUUUGGUUCCAGGUAGAACCCUUUUUGGUUCCAUGUAGGACCCUUUCCACGGAGGGUUCUACAUGGAACCCAAAAGGGUUCUCCCUGGAACCAAAAAGGGUUAUCCUUUGGGGACAGCCGAAAAACCCUUUUUUAUAAGAGUGUACUAUGCUGUUCUGUGUUGUGCAGUGUAGUGCUGUGCUGUGUAGUUCUAUGCUGUGUAGUGCUGUGCUUGGGCUAACCUGCUCUCUAUUCUUCCUGCUAUCCAUAGACCAUCAUGGUGGGAGACAGCGGUGUGGGGAAGACCUCUCUGCUGGUCCAGUACGACCAAGGCAAGUUCAUACCCGGCUCCUUCUCUGCCACUGUGGGCAUCGGCUUCACGGUGAGUCUCUGCAUUAUUGUCUGCCAUGAGCCAUAGGGGACAAGUGACCAUGAAGGGACCAGGCCACUUUGCUACUGGGAUUGAUGGGACAACAAGUGUCUUCUCUUCCAGGGUCCCUAAAUGCUGUUGUCUGAGGAGCCAAUCCUCUUCCUCUUUCUGCAAUCAUAAUGAUCUUUAGCACACAGUUGGGUGUUAGUAGAAAGCAGGGGGAUGAUUACAGUUAAUGAUGCCAUUGCUAUGAUCGAAUCACUGGAAACAAAACCCCUGUCUAAUGAAUGCAGCAGUCGGUCUGUUCCCUGCUGGAUAGCUGUGUUUCACAGAUGUAUCACUCACUGUUGUGAAUGUGAACUGGAGUGAUUGAUUGUGUGCAUAUACAGUCUACAUUAUCACUGUAGCGAUGUAUGGUGGGCUUCCAUUCACAGAGAGAAAGAAAGAAAGAAAGAAAGAAAGAAAGAAAGAAAGAAAGAAAGAAAGAAAGAAAGAAAGAAAGAAAGAAAGAAAGAAAGAAAGAAAGAAAGAAAGAAAGAAAGAAAGAAAGAAAGAAAUGGACUGUAAAAGAUAUAAAGCUCAGGGUGAUGCUAUUUUCAGAAAUAGACCUGAAUGUUUUGUGCUGUGACAGACAGUGAUGACGAAGGCUUUGCUUGUCUGAAGGCAUAUAAGCCACACAAAAGCAAUGCAGAAAAGGACACAAAAAGCUGCUUGCCUUGGAGAUACGAAAAAUGCUUUGUCAUACAGUAAAACUUUGUGACCCAAAUGCAGUGAGUAUAAAAAGGUUUGGUUGCACUUGCAGCAACCUUUGUUGGACUAGGUGGAUAGAAGAUUAACCAAGGUCGGUCUGUCUUUCUGUCUGUUUGUCUGUCUGAAUGCACAACUGCCUGUAAUGUGAAGUGAUAGAGAUAGAGAGAGAGAGAUACACCCACAAACCUUUCUCUUUCUCUUCUCUUUCUCUCGUCUCUCUCUCUCUUUUGAACACUGGGGGGAGACAAACUCUUAUUCAAAGAUUCAGCUGGUAUCCACAUGAUCAUACAUGGCUUGGCAAUUAGGAGACCAUUUUUGACAUUAUGUCAUGUCAAUUAAGGGAAAGAAAAUCAGAUUCUCAUAUGAACACUGUCUAUUUAUUGUGUAUUUUCUCAAGGCUACAUACAUCCUUUGAAAAGUAGACAUUGGUGAGGAAAGACCACCUACCUGACAUGUUGUGGAUUAAAUUGUUGGUAUUUUUCAGAACGCUGAAAUCACUGGAAUAGCAUUAAUUUAGGAUUGAAACUGAAAAGUGUAUUUUUCAUUGGCAACACGUUGACAGCCGUUGACAUUUUUCUUUUUCUUUUUCUUUUUUAUCUUUCGUUCAUGAACUCCUCCUCUUUCAUGAUCAACGAGUUCAGUACCACCUGUGACUAAUAACUCGUGCCAUCACUGCCUGGUUCGUCCGUGGCUCGGUUGAAGACCUGGUUGUUUUCAUUUAUGAAAAUGACAAAAAACUGACUAAUUUCAUAGGCAUAAAUAACAUUAUCUAAAACUGCCUCAUUUCAUAGGCCUAAAUAACAUUAUCUUCAUUGUACAAAUGACAAUAGCAACGUCGUUUCAUCUGCCUACGAGUAAAGAAGGAUGCGGAUCCGUUCUAACGUUCUGCAUAACUGAGAAAUGUUUCCGCAUAUUGAUCAUAUUUUCUCCACGAAUGUAGCCGCGUCCUCAAGAGAAGCCCACUUUAAGUUUUAACCACGACUUUAUGAUUGGCAUUAGUUGAUUCAGCAUCAAGAAAUUGUCCUUAGAAAGCGGUGGGUGGUUUUGGACAACGCCAAAUGACUGCUGAUGGACUCAUUGCUUGUGUUAACUGGGUUGAGUCACUGGCAUCUCGGGAGGAACAUCGCACGGCGCGCUGACAGACCUUGGUGAUACUGUGGUGAUAGUCAUUGCGAUGUCCACAAAGAAGGCAUCGUUGAAGGAUAAAGAGACUAAAAACGGAACAUCAAAGUAUGUGUUGGAGAGAUGCGCCUCGGUUAACGAGUAUUUUGAUAUUGCCUUCAAGGUCUGUAUUAGGCUAUUCUUGUUGUUAGGCUAUAUAUUAUUAGGCUAUGUUUAUUAUGUGCUUAUAACAGUAUUAUGCUUAUGAUCAUGUUAGGAAGCUGCCUGCUGGUAUUAAUAUUGACUGUAGCCUAAUUGAGAAGCUUCACUGGUGGUACAUGUCUCCUUCUCUCAAACAAAUGUAGGAAAAUCUAUUCAAAUACAGUAGCCUGUCUACUCUGCACACCAGUACACUCUUAGAAAAAAGGGUUCCAAAAGGGUUCUUUGGCAGUCCCCAUAGGAGAACCCCCUUUGGUUCCAGGUUAAACCCUUUUUGGUUCCAUGUAGAACCAUUUUGGGUUCCAUGUAGAACCCUCUGUGGAAAAGGUUCUACAUGGAACCUAAAACUGGUCUACUUGGAACCAAAAGGGUUCUACCUGGAACCAACAAGGGUUCUUCAUAGGGUUCUCCAAACGGGACAGCCAAAGAACCCUUUUAGGUUCAAGAUAGCACCUUUUUUCCCUAAGAGUGUAGCCCUUGCUAUUGUGAAGUUUCCCCUAAUGUAGUUCAAGUCUUCACACUGAGCAUAAUAUACCACUAUGGAAUAAGAACAGCUGUUAUCAGUGUGGCUAGUUUCUAUUCUGUUUACAUUACUCUUAAUUACCACACCACUAUCAAUUAUGUGCCUUGCCACACACCAGUGCACACCAAUUUCACACCUCCCUUAUGGAUAGUGUAGCCUAUGUGACACAGGUUUAUUUGAUAUGAAUCUCGCUAUUCAGUCCUCCCAUUCUUAGUGAUAUCUAAAUAUUUGCUCAAGGAAGAAUGUAGCACUUGGUAAAACAGGUUUAACUGCAUACCAGGUAAUAGUACAUUUCUCUCCAAAUCUUAGAGGGAAAAAUUCAUGUUAUAAUAAGUGUGCAUAAAUCAUGUAUUUAUAUCAUAAUUACACAAUAAUUGUAUUUAAAGUGUAAUUACAGUAAAGGUGCAUAUUGUUACAUAGUACUUUUAAUAAUGAGUGUUUUGGGAUUGAUCAGAAUCAGGAGAGUGUGGUUAAUGGACUAUAUCAAGCAGAAGUACAACAGGUCAUUCACAUAGUCAAGUAGUUCCACAUCAGUCCCAUGAUGGUUUGUGCAUACAUAUCUCAUACAUAUCUACUCUAAGCCGAUUAACUGCAGAACACUACUCAUGUUGAAAUAUUAAUGAUCUAAUUAAUAAGGGGAGACCACACAUCAACCAUGUAAUUUAGUCUACAACCUUAUAAAGAUGAAAUCAACAGACGGAUAAAAUAUCCAAACUCAAUUAGACGCCCAAUAAAUAACCAGGAAGUUCAGAUGAGGGUAAAACAACAACAAGAACAUUUAGCAAUAGGAUCAUGAGUCAGUGCUUUGACACUUAACACUAGUCAUCAUGAUGUUGUGAAAUUCUAGUUUGAUCAGUUUCACCUCUCAUGGAUGCACAGCAUCAUGAAAUAAUCAACAGAUUACUCUCAGAAUGACAUUUGCAUAUGAACCAAUUGAAAUAUAUGAUUAAUCUCUUAAGACCAAACAUUGUUCAGUGAAAGCUUGUUUGGUGUGAUUACCAUUCUUCUGGUCAUGUGAGGGUUGAUGUCAGUGUGUUGGGCCCAGGUAUGACCCUUAACCCCUCUCUCUGACCUCUGGCCAUGACGCCUCUCUAGGUGAUGCUGCUGGGAGACUCUGCGGUGGGGAAGACAUGUGUGCUGGUGCGCUUUAAAGACGGGGCCUUUUUGGGAGGCAACUUCAUAGCCACCGUGGGAAUAGACUUUAGGGUGAGAGAGACGUCAGUGGACUCAGAGAGUGGGGUCACCUCAUGGUUGGAAGGUUCUUUGUGUCUAUACAUUCAUAAUGUGUACAUAAUGUAUACAUUAUGUCUGCUGUUUUUCUCUGUUUUUUCUCAUUUCUAAAUGGUCUAUUUACAAGAUAAACCCUAGAAUGUUGAUGUUGAAGAAUCCAUACAUAAAAUAUUUCCCCAUCCUAUUUCAGUUAAAUCUGUAAAUCCGAUAACUAGUUUAAAGUGUUUUCAUGCAGUGAUGAUAGCUCAAAUGUGCAAACCCUCUCACAAGUCAAUCAAGUCCAUAGAGCACUUCUGCUACUGUGCCACAUAUGGCUCCAUAAACGGCUAUAGGGAUGCCAGCCCACAUCCCUAUCUCCCAGAAGGAUUGUUUUCAGCCAGGAGGAGCUGUACUACAGACAGACAGAUAGGCUGCUACAAGCAGCUCUCAUGUCAUUGGUGGGGGCCAGAUUUCCAUAGCUACCAACCAGCUGCUGGAGAGACAGAGAGAGAAAGUGAGUGAGAGAGAUGGAGAAAGAGAGAGAAUGUGGACAGAAAGAAAGACUCUUGCACCAGUGGAUUUGGACCCGCUCACCCUCCAAAGAAAACACUCUAACUAAUGACUGGUAAAAUGGCGGUUUUGGAGGAAAUUGUGUUGCAUUAAGGCAGAGUACUGUGUUACCACUCUGUGGUGAUGGUGUAGACAUUAGGACUGCCUGGGAUGAGAGUCCAACAUGGAUGGGGAUGUGUGGAGCAUUUAUGUAGCCAAAUGGAGAUUGUUAUUUUCUCCAUGCUUGUGCAACAGGUAAUAACUAUUCAUGAGAUUCAUAAAUAAGUGCAUUAUAACAAUGAGCUGUGUGUAGUGACCACCCACGGCUGCUUGCAUUGCAUCUGUAUGGAACAGAAGAUUAUAAGGAGAGAUGAUUUUGAGACUGAUAAUGGAUCAGUCAAUAUGUUCCUUGCUGAGCCUCCAGCUGUAUACAGUGGGGGAAAAAAGUAUUUAGUCAGCCACCAAUUGUGCAAGUUCUCCCACUUAAAAAGAUGAGAGAGGCCUGUAAUUUUCAUCAUAGGUACACGUCAACUAUGACAGACAAAAUGAGGAAAAAAAAUCCAGAAAAUCACAUUGUAGGAUUUUUAAUGAAUUUAUUAGCAAAUUAUGGUGGAAAAUAAGUAUUUGGUCAAUAACAGAAGUUUCUCAAUACUUUGUUAUAUACCCUUUGUUGGCAAUGACACAGGUCAAACGUUUUCUGUAAGUCUUCACAAGGUUUUCACACACUGUUGCUGGUAUUUUGGCCCAUUCCUCCAUGCAGAUCUCCUCUAGAGCAGUGAUGUUUUGGGGCUGUCGCUGGGCAACACGGACUUUCAACUCCCUCCAAAGAUUUUCUAUGGGGUUGAGAUCUGGAGACUGGCUAGGCCACUCCAGGACCUUGACAUGCUUCUUACGAAGCCACUCCUUCAUUGCCCGGGCGGUGUGUUUGGGAUCAUUGUCAUGCUGAAAGACCCAGCCACGUUUCAUCUUCAAUGCCCUUGCUGAUGGAAGGAGGUUUUCACUCAAAAUCUCACGAUACAUGGCCCCAUUCAUUCUUUCCUUUACACGGAUCAGUCGUCCUGGUCCCUUUGAAGAAAAACAGCCCCAAAGCAUGAUGUUUCCACCCCCAUGCUUCACAGUAGGUAUGGUGUUCUUUGGAUACAACUCAGCAUUCUUUGUCCUCCAAACACGACGAGUUGAGUUUUUACCAAAAAGUUCUAUUUUGGGUUCAUCUGACCAUAUGACAUUCUCCCAAUCCUCUUCUGGAUCAUCCAAAUGCACUCUAGCAAACUUCAGACGGGCCUGGACAUGUACUGGCUUAAGCAGGGGGACACGUCUUGCACUGCAGGAUUUGAGUCCCUGGUGGCGUAGUGUGUUACUGAUGGUAGGCUUUGUUACUUUAGUCCCAGCUCUCUGCAGGUCAUUCACUAGGUCCCCCCGUGUGGUUCUGGGAUUUUUGCUCACCGUUCUUGUGAUCAUUUUGACCCCACGGGGUGAGAUCUUGCGUGGAGCCCCAGAUCGAGGGAGAUUAUCAGUGGUCUUGUAUGUCUUCCAUUUCCUAAUAAUUGCUCCCACAGUUGAUUUCUUCAAAUCAAGCUGCUUACCUAUUGCAGAUUCAGUCUUCCCAGCCUGGUGCAGGUCUACAAUUUUGUUUCUGGUGUCCUUUGACAGCUCUUUGUCUUGGCCAUAGUGGAGUUUGGAGUGUGACUGUUUGAGGUUGUGGACAGGUGUCUUUUAUACUGAUAACAAGUUCAAACAGGUGCCAUUAAUACAGGUAACGAGUGGAGGACAGAGGAGUCAAUACCCUGUGUGGAUGGGAAGACUGCUGUGACUAGCUCUAACGUGGCAGGGCUAUUUUGGGCCUGCUUCCUUGUAGCAGUUACUCAGCAUGCAGGCGUGUCAACGUGGAGCCGUGUGUGGCCAAUCUGCAUAAUAAUUGGAGGGAAAAACUGAAACCCAUGGCAACUAAUGCAGGGGUUAGACCAUGUCCGUUCUGCCAAGGUGGAAGUCUCAAUGGGUGGUGACUCCGUUGAGAGGGACCAUUUUAGAAGAUUGGACUCACUUCAGAGAGAGUGUGUGUCUGUCACAGUGUGUUCACAGGAAAUGCAGGGGCUGACUGCGACCGGUUACUGAUAGUGGAGAUAUGAGGCUAGCUAAGAGGAAGUGAUAUGUACCAGUUGUGCCAUUCACUUCCUUCAUUUCAACAUCGUUGCUUGUGUCAUGUUUUCACUCAGUGAGUUUCCCCCUGCUUUCCCAUGAAAUACAAACGGGAAGUUUAAAAAGCCAGGGUGAGGUAAACUGGUUCAGUUACCUGGAUAAUAAUGGCACCUACACAACAGACUGACCUUACAACAAGCUGUUAUUGGUUGACCUCUAGAAUGUGUGUCAUUGAGUUUGUUUGUGAGUGUGUGUGUGUAUAGGUGUAUGUACGUAUGUAUUUGGGACUUAGUUUAGAAGGGACACAUCAAUUCCCAUGACUUGGAAGCAUCUUAUUGCUUCUCAAUCUUCCAUAUUCUUUCUAUACUCCCUCGAAGAGCAUUUUUCACAGGGUAUGUUUUUCAGUAAUCCAUAUUUGUAGCUAAUGUUCUUUUUUUCACUCAUGACUAUUUUAGAAUCCUGCCUAAACAGGAAAUCACAGGGCGUCCCUGACAGCCACAGGAAAUUAACGGGGGAGUGGGUUGUUAUUUUGCCAGUCUUCUUUUUUUGUGCAAUUAAGUCUAAUCCGAGAACCUUGCUGUAGUGUGGGUGUAGCAAUUUGCUUUCUCUGCUGGCCUCUGAAGCUCCUCUUAGUUUUCAUGUUGUCUAUAUGAGUCUAUACAGCAUGCUGUGCCAUUUCCGAUCUAAUGUUUGUUUGUUCUUUGGAAUAUUCUUGCUUUCUGAAGCUUCUUAAUAUUUAAAUGCCUAUGGUGUGUUUUGUCUGAGUCUGUCUCUCUUAUGGAAAAAGACCCCCACAGACAGUCCUGUGGUUAACUGUUUCCUCUCCUCCUCAGAAUAAGGUUGUGACGGUGGACAGAGUAAAGGUCAAACUCCAGGUGAGAGAGCAGGGACCUCUACACCCCACAUUGAUGCCACUAUUCCUGUGAUCCUACCAGUCUAAUUCAAUAAACCACAAUCAGUAUCAUAAUAUUACACAGCGGGCAGUGGCGUAUGUGGUCAACAUGGAAGUUUCCCUAUGUAAACACAGCGUAUCUUUUAAAAAUACAUAGUUAUCAUCAUAUCCUGUUCUUUUGACAAUGCUGGGUGGGAAGUGCCAAACAUUGGGCUGUGAGCAAGCCACGUGACUAUUCCAAUGUAUUUCACUGUAAAAUAUAUUGAUAAUUCAUUUAACGUAUUGCCCAUUAUGACUUGCAUACCAUUGCAUGCUCAUUGGUUGCUUCUGGUUGGGAUAUUAUCCAGUUUUCCAGGUUUAUUACAUUGUUAAAAUUAGUUUGUUUCACUUCUUUCUCUCAGAUCUGGGAUACUGCAGGACAGGAGAGAUUCCGCAGUGUCACACACGCCUACUACAGAGACGCACAGGGUAACCGCUGCUCUAUUCAAACACUUCCUGGUUGUGUGUGUGUGUGUGUGUGUGUGUGUUGUAGAAUGCUAAGAACAUGUGGCUGUGUGUGACACUGCCUUUCUCUCCUCAGCCCUCCUCCUGCUCUAUGACAUCACCAGCAAGUCGUCCUUUGACAACAUCAGGGUGAGAAACCUAUCAUGUGACUCUUCACUCCUCCUCCUUAUCUCCUCACGUCUUCUCAUAAACCCCCUUUUAGAUGAAGAACCCUGAAUUCCUUUUACAUGCCAAGUAAUAUAUGGCCUUCAAAAACUUUUUAAAUGGCUUCUUGGAAAUGUCGUGAUAUUAUCAGCGUUGGUUGUGGAGGCCACUUCAGUAAUGUAAUGUGAAGGUUUGGGGAUAAGAGGAAGUGCAGCUCAGAAUGGCAGAAUGGAGAAUAGUAAUCAUAUUCAAAGCAGCAGAGCAGAGAAAUUGAUUCUGUUUUUGUAGAGGAUCUCCUUCAGCACUGGCAUUUUUACAGACUCCUUUUUACAAAUCUCCUUUUUAAUCUCUCUCUCUCUCUCUCCAAAUCCCCACCCCCCCCCCCCCCCCAUAGGCCUGGCUGACUGAAAUUCAUGAGUAUACUCAGAAGGAUGUGGUCAUCAUGUUGCUCGGCAACAAGGUGUGCGCUAAACAUCCUUUUAGUUGUGUAGUGCAUCAAGAGAAGUCGUCAUACCAAAAGUAACAAUAAGAACACAACACACACACAGAAACAUAUUUGUCUCUGCUAUUGACUUUGUAGCCUCAGAGUUUAUAUUGAAGCUGAAUUAGAACGUUACCAGUCCUCCGAAGUGAAUACAUGUGUUGUGAUAAUUAAAAUAGAACUGGUGGCAUCUCCAGUUCAACAGCACCCAUAGAUCAUGUGCCCCCUCUGGUGGUGCUACUACAGAGACACUGGGUCAUUGCUGUCACGUUCCACCAGACAUAAUUUAUUCCCAGAGCUGGGGAGAGCAGCAGGACAGGGAAUAUUUCUCUCUCUGAGCAAUGUUUGGCCUGUGGUCAGACACUCAGAGGCAGCCUGGAGACUGCCCUGGGAACUGCUGUGGCUUGUGUGGGCUGAUGUAGUGGGUCCCCUGUAGCUCAGUUGGUAGAGCAUGGCGCUUGCAACGCCAGGGUUGUGGGUUCGUUUCCCAUGGGGGGCCAGUAUGAAAAAUGUAUGCACUCACUAAGUCGCUCUGGAUAAGAGCGUCUGCUAAAUGACUAAAAUGUACAGUGAGGGAAAAAAGUAUUUGAUCCCCUGCUGAUUUUGUACGUUUGCCCACUGACAAAGAAAUGAUCAGUCUAUAAUUUUAAUGGUAGGUUUAUUUGAACAGUGAGAGACAGAAAAACAACAACAAAAUCCAGAAAAAUGCAUGUCAAAAAUGUUAUAAAUUGAUUUGCAUUUUAAUUAGGGAAAUAAGUAUUUGACCCCCUCUCAAUCCGAAAGAUUUCUGGCUCCCAGGUGUCUUUUAUACAGGUAACGAGCUGAGAUUAGGAGCACACUCUUAAAGGGAGUGCUCCUGAUCUCAGCUUGUUACCUGUAUAAAAGACACCUGUCCACAGAAGCAAUCAAUCAAUCAGAUUCCAAACUCUCCACCAUGGCCAAGACCAAACAGCUUUCCAAGGAUGUCAGGGACAAGAUUGUAGACCUACACAAGGCUGGAAUGGGCUACAAGACCAUCGCCAAGCAGCUUGGUGAGAAGGUGACAACAGUUGGUGCGAUUAUUCGCAAAUGGAAGAAACACAAAAUAACUGUCAAUCUCCCUCGGCCUGGGGCUCCAUGCAAGAUCUCACCUCGUGGAGUUGCAAUGAUCAUGAGAACGGUGAGGAAUCAGCCCAGAACUACACGGGAAGAUCUUGUCAAUGAUCUCAAGGCAGCUGGGACCAUAGUCACCAAGAAAACAAUUGGUAACACACUACGCCGUGAAGGACUGAAAUCCUGCAGCGCCAGCAAGGUCCCCCUGCUCAAGAAAGCACAUAUACAGGCCCGUCUGAAGUUUGCCAAUGAACAUCUGAAUGAUUCAGAGGAGAACUGGGUGAAAGUGUUGUGGUCAGAUGAGACCAAAAUCGAGCUCUUUGGCAUCAACUCAACUCGCCGUGGUUGGAGGAGGAGGAAUGCUGCCUAUGACCCCAAGAACACCAUCCCCACCGUCAAACAUUGAGGUGGAAACAUUAUGCUUUGAGGGUGUUUUUCUGCUAAGGGGACAGGACAACUUCACUGCAUCAAAGGGACGAUGGACGGCGCCAUGUACCAUCAAAUCUUGGGUGAGAUCCUCCUUCCCUCAGCCAGGGCAUUGAAAAUGGGUCGUGGAUGGGUAUUCCAGCAUGACAAUGACCCAAAACACACGGCCAAGGCAACAAAGGAGUGGCUCAAGAAGAAGCACAUUAAGGUCCUGGAGUGGCCUAGCCAGUCUCCAGACCUUAAUCCCAUAGAAAAUCUGUGGAGGGAGCUGAAGGUUCGAGUUGCCAAACGUCAGGCUCGAAACCUUAAUGACUUGGAGAAGAUCUGCAAAGAGGAGUGGGACAAAAUCCCUCCUGAGAUGUGUGCAAACCUGGUGGCCAAUUACAAGAAACGUGAUUGCCAACAAGGGUUUUGCCGCCAAGUACUAAGUCAUGUUUUGCAGAGGGGUCAAAUACUUAUUUCCCUCAUUAAAAUGCAAAUCAAUUUACAACAUUUUUUACAUGCGUUUUUUUUCUGGAUUUUGUUGUUGUUAUUCUGUCUCUCACUGUUCAAAUAAACCUACCAUUAAAAUUAUAGACUGAUCAUGUCUUUGUCAGUGGGCAAACAUACAAAAUCAGCAGGGGAUCAAAUACUUUUUUCCCUCACUGUAAAUGUAAAAUGUAGUGGUGCCUCUCUGGAUCUAAUGGACUAGUUGUAUCCAUGACUCUCCUCUGCUCUGUCCAAACAGACGGACAUGGCCGGAGAGAGGGUCAUCAAGCGUGAGGAGGGAGAGAAGCUGGCCAAGGUAAGAGACAAGGCCCACUUAAAGGGUUUGCUCCACUCUCCUACCGCAAAACACCAAGUAGCCUCUUCAAAAGCAACUGUACAGCACCGUGAAAGGAAAAUAAGCUUGAAGUGUUGAUUUAUAUACUAAAAUUGUGAACUGAUGUUCCCUCAAGUGUUGGAGAGAUUGAUCACUCUGAGUGUUUGGUAUUGAGUUCAUUCAUAUGAUGAAUGUGGUGUACUUGAGUAAUGCCAUUAAAAUCACUGUAUGCAUUUCAGGAAUAUGGAGUCCCUUUCAUGGAGACCAGUGCCAAGACUGGAGUCAAUGUAGAGCUGGCCUUCCUGGCUGUAGCAAAGUAAGUCACGACUCAUGUUAUUUCAAAAUGAAAGUUGCACUGUAUGUGAAAGGGCAAAGACAUAUUGGCCAAUUAUAUUCCUCAUCUCUCCUUCUCUUUUCCCUUAUGUUCUCAAUUUCUCUGCUCUUGCACUGCUCCAUCCCACACACUCUCCUUUAUCUCUCUCUCUCUUUCUUUCUUUCUUUCUUUCUUUCUUUUUUUCUUUUGCCUGCCUGCCUGCCAGGGAGUUGAAGCACAGAGCUGCCCAGCAGCCCAAUGAGCCCAAGUUCCAGAUCCACGACUACAUUGCGUCUGAGAAGCAGAAGUCUGGCUGCUGUGGUGGCUACAUGUAGCUAAAUCUCUCACCAAGUGUUAUACCACACCAGGCCACAGAGUGAGCGAGAGAGAGAGAGAGACACACAUGUCUACAGAGAGAG